CUGGCGGGCGGGCGGCUGUGCUGUUGGUGCUGAUCUCUGGGAGGGUGAAUCCCCCGAUGGUGGUGGGGAGGGCCGCACAGCGCCGGCCACAGCUGCCGGGUUGGCCUACAGUGGUUGAUGUGGCCUCAAGAACUACAAUGAAUUAUAUUGUUGACCCUGAGCUCAGAAAAGAUGGUGGAAAAAGCUACAGGACAAAAAUUUGGCUGAGUCAAAUGUAUCGGAGUCAGGUUUAUUAGUGCUGGACCACAUCAGACGUUAUCUUGUCUGUUCCCUGGGAGGCGGAUCGGCAUUAUUCAGUAAUUACGGGACUAAUUUUAAAAGAAGGAAAGAAAGCGGGCUUUUCACGGAAGAAAACUAAAUUCCUUCGAGCUGUAGAAAUGGAAGACAGUAAAAACAUUAAGGAUGACAUGUACGAAUCCAGAAAACCUUCCCGCUUUGUCCGUGGCGAAGGAAAGGAUAUAACAGUUACUGUGCACAAUGAGGUUGAACAGAAUCCUUCCAGGAAUCAAAACGAAGGAGCGAUUCGAGAUACUGGGAAAAAUGUUUCAAACUGGAAUAAUAAAAAGUCAAAAUGGAAUGAAGAAGCAAUAGAAAGAAGGAAUGCUGAGAAAACUGCAGAAAUAAAAUGUAGUGGGAGUGGCAAACUGGACGUGCCAAACUAUGCGACCAGUUCAAGGUACUCUGGAGUGCAGAGUAUACAUGCACAAGAACAAGGUCGCGGCAAAGCAAGCCGGCCGUCUGGUGGCAUAGCGUCAAUGGAGAAAACAAAACACAAGCAAGUUAAAGUGCAGCAGCAGGCUCUGGGGAAAUCUGCAAACUCCCACACUGGCAGCGCUACAAAGGGCAUGAAUGAAAAGGAUUGUUCACCUACAAAACCAAAGGCAGAGGUGAAAACGGAUUGCAUUGCUCAGCCAAGCAAGUCCCCCAUGCAUACAAAUGGGAAAGACAGCAUUCUGCCAGGGAAAGCUGUGCAAGAUGUUAAAGACAUGGGAAAGAAGCAAGACACUCCUGGGAAAGAGACCAACACAGGUGCACAUGAAGGACAUCCUUCAGAGCGAGAUGACCUGGAGAGUACACCAGUGAUUGAUGAGUCGACAAUGACAGCGGAACAACAGCUCGGGCUGAAACAAGCAGAGGAAAGAUUGGGGAGGGACCACAUCUCUCGUUUGGAAAAGCGUUCAACGGAAUAUCCUUCGUGCCAGUACCUAUGCAAACUUUGCCUAGUUCACAUUGAAAAUAUCCAGGGAGCUCAUAAGCAUAUAAAAGAAAAGAGGCACAAGAAAAAUAUUACAGAAAAACAAGAAGAGAAUGAACUCCGUAGUCUAAAACCUCCAUCUCCUGCCCAGUUGGCUGCGUUGAACUCUGCUGUAUUACAAACUGCUCAGGUACAAGGCAUUUCCGAGGAGGAUUUCCAAGUACGGCAAGAAAUUGUGAAUGAGAUGGAAGAAAUCAUACAACGCCAUUUGCUAGAUUGCUCAUUGAGGCUGUAUGGCUCUUGUCUCACAAGGCUGGCUUUCAAAACUAGUGACAUCAACAUUGAUGUAAUAUUCCCUUCCCAUCUAAGUCAGCCAGAUGUUUUGAUUCAAGUGCUGGACAUUAUUAAACACAGUUCCUUCUAUUCAGAUGUUGAGUCUGAUUUCCAUGCCAAAGUUCCAGUUAUCUACUGCAGGGAUGUAAAGAGUGGUCUGAUCUGUAAAAUCAGUGCUGGAAAUGAUGUGGCCUAUCUAACUACUAACCUACUGGCGGGACUAGUUCACCUGGAGCCUAGACUGAUCCCACUCGUCCUAGCAUUUCGAUACUGGGCAAGGGUGUGUCACAUAGAUUACCAAGCAGAAGGUGGCGUUCCCUCCUAUUCAUUUGCAUUGAUGGUUAUCUUCUUUCUUCAACAAAGACAGGAGCCCCUUUUGCCUGCCUACUUGGGGACAUGGAUCGAAGGCUUUGACAUGAAGAAACUUGAUGAGUACCACCUGAAGGGAAUACAGCACUCUGAGUACGUGUUGUGGGAACACAGACCUGGCAAUUCUGGGGACACAAAAAAUGCAAACAAUGGAGAAGGCAAAAGUGCAAAUAAAAUUGAUCACAGAAAAUCUUCAAACAAGAAAAUGGACAGUUCUGAAUCUAACAACCAAAGUAAUUUAAUGAAAGAAAAACGUGGCAAAGCUCCGUUGACGUUUGGUUCAUCGCAUCAGGUUUCUCUGGGACAGCUCUGGCUAGAAUUAUUGAAAUUUUAUACACUGGAAUUUGCAUUGGAAGAAUACGUCAUCUGUAUACGGGUAAAAGAUCUUGUAUCGAGAGAGCAUAAAAACUGGCCGAAAAGGAGAAUAGCCAUUGAGGACCCUUUUGCACUAAAGAGAAAUGUUGCUCGGAGUUUGAACAGCCAGAUGGUGUUUGAAUAUAUACUGGAGCGAUUUAGAACUGCGUAUAAAUAUUUUGCCUCUCCUCAAACUAAAGAUGGAAUCAAAUUAAAAGCAGAUCUUCGAAAAAAAGGGAAAGUUGUCAAUAAUAAGCCAGCAAAAGCUGAGGAACGGGUCAUGAAUUGUUGUCUGCCACAAAGAGGGGCUGGAGCUGAGAGAGCUGUUAAAAAGUCUUCCUCAGCGGGAGAGAUAACGAAUGGAAUUAGUGAUUGUGGAACAUUACAGUCUGCCGGUUCAAGCUGUGCAUCUAUUGCGAGUGUUACAAAAGGUUUGGAUUGCUUGACAGUAAAGAGUUCUUCACCUUCCACUUGUGGAUACACAGCCGACUCCAUUAAAUGCAAAAUGGGAAAAGCAGAGAUGGGCAGCUCUGCAAGAGAUUCCACAGAAAAGUUGUCCAUCUGUGACCCAGCGCAGCAAUCCAACAGAAGACAGGCAUCAUCAGGUUCUCAAGAGAGUUGUUUAACAGUAGACAUGAACACAUCAGGACAUGGGCACAACAGUGUGGCAAAUGUGAUGCCAGCAGCCAGGUUCCAGUCUGGAAAUAAAGAUAGCUGCAAACUAGGAGUACACCGUUCACCAGGAACACAUUGCACGGCCAGUUGUGUUCCAACUACCUCACAGACUUGCACAACAUCAAGAGAAAAAACAGAGCUUCCUAACUCCCUGGUUACAGAUGACUAUGAGAAAGCAUCAGACACAGAAGAACUGCAUUAUGUCUUUGACAAAAACAUCUUAACAAAUGGAAAGCCCCCCACCAUUGUGUGCAGCAUCUGCAAGCGAGAUGGACAUUCAAAGAAUGACUGCCCAGAGGAUUUCAAGAAGAUUGAUUUGAAACCCUUACCACCUAUGACAGAUAGAUUUAAGCACAUUCUUAAUCUAGUCUGUACGAAAUGUUAUGAUGAACGUUCACCGCAUCCUUUUGAGGAGCUGGAUAGAGAACAAAUCUUACAAAGGUUGGAAAGAUUUAUUCGUAAAGAAAUUGAUGACAAGGCCAGAUUAUGUUUGUUUGGAUCAUCAAAGAAUGGAUUUGGGUUUCAUGACAGCGACCUGGACAUCUGUAUGACUUUGGAAGGACAUGAAACGGCAGAGAAACUUAAUUGUAAAGAAAUAAUUGAAGGACUAGCAAAAGUUCUCAAGAAGCAUCCAGGCUUGAGAAACAUUUUGCCCAUAACCACAGCCAAAGUGCCUAUUGUAAAAUUUGAACACCGGCAUAGUGGAUUGGAAGGUGAUAUCAGCUUGUACAACACUUUGGCGCAACAUAAUACAAGGAUGUUGGCAACCUAUGCUGCAAUAGAUCCCAGAGUGAAAUAUCUAGGAUACACCAUGAAGGUGUUUGCCAAGCGUUGUGAUAUUGGCGAUGCCUCAAGAGGAAGCCUGUCCUCCUAUGCCUAUGUCCUUAUGGUGCUGUACUUCCUGCAGCAGAGAAAGCCACCUGUCAUCCCUGUCCUCCAGGAGAUUUUUGAUGGAAAAGAGAUGCCACAGAGAAUGGUCGAUGGGUGGAACGCCUUCUUCUUUGAGGAUGUUGAUGAACUGAAGAAAAGAUUGCCCGAGCUUCAAAAGAACAGGGAAUCAGUGGGUGAGCUUUGGUUAGGCCUGUUGAGGUUCUACACUGAAGAAUUUGAUUUCAAGGAGCAUGUCAUCAGCAUCAGACAGAAGAAACUUUUAACAACAUUCGAAAAACAAUGGACUUCAAAAUGUAUAGCAAUCGAAGAUCCUUUCGAUUUGAAUCACAAUCUUGGUGCCGGUGUCUCGAGGAAAAUGACCAAUUUUAUUAUGAAAGCUUUUAUAAACGGACGCAAACUCUUUGGUACCCCGGUGUACCCACAUCCUGGCAUGGAAACGGAUUACUUCUUCGACUCAAAAGUACUGACUGACGGGGAGUUGGCACCCAAUGAUAGAUGUUGCCGGAUAUGUGGGAAAAUUGGGCAUUACAUGAAAGAUUGUCCAAAGCGAAGGAGAAUGAAGAAAAAAGAAAAUGAGAAAGACGAGGAGAAGGAUUCCAAAGAGGAAGAGAGGGAACCAAGAGAAAAGCGAUGUUUUAUCUGCGGUGACACUGGUCACAUGAGAAGAGACUGUCCAGAAUUUAGAACAACUCGUCUCAGGAACAGCAAUGUGCCCGUUCCCCAGAACAUCCGGAGUGUGAGUAAUGCCCAGUCAGUCCCCGUUUCCCAGCUUUCAACUUCACAUUCAGGACAUCACCAUCAAGACUACCCGCCACGUACCAGGCAGCCCUCAGAAUGUUCCGAACCACAUCAGACGCCUCCUUAUACUCCUCAAUCUACGCCUCAGCAAUUAGCAAAUGCGUCUCAAGCUGCUCCUAUUCCCCACACACAGACCCAACAGACCGCUUCUCAAAAUAAGCUUGCACAGACGCUUCCUCAACCACCCCACCAGGUUCCGCUGCCCUUGUUAUCAUUCGCUCAGCCUCACCCAGGUCAGUAUUCCAGCCUGCACAACCUGGGGCUACUUCAGUCACACCAACCACAGCACCCGGUGCCAAUGCCCACUAACUCUUGGCCUCAAGUGCUUCACUCUGCACCUGGUAACCACCCCAGCAUCACCUUCCCCAUGAGGCCUAGCAGCAGCACAGCUAAUGCCAGCAGCAUGAAUCUCAAUGAUCCCAGUAUCAUCUUUGCUCAGCCUGCUGCCAGGCCCCUGGGCAUCUCCAGCACUCCUCACGAUGGACAGUGGCACAAUCACAUGACUCGCAACUCACUGGUGGCCAAUGGCACUCUGGGAACUUCAGAUCAAGAUUUUCAGGGACAGUUUGCAAAACUAAACCCACCCGCCAUUGCUUGGGAACGGCAUCCUCUUCCUCAUUUCCAACCACCGUGGCCUUACAGAAUGCCUCAGAACUUCAUUCAGCAGGGAAAUGCAAGCUACCCUCAGCAGAACAAACCCUACUAUUCUCAAGGUCCCAUGAUCCACAGUAACCAGCGAUUUCCAAUCGUGCCACCAGGAAGAACACGCAUGAACUACAUUCAGCAAAAGAAGUGACUUGAAUGGAAAUCCAGACCCGUCUUCGGUUAAGAGAACAGCAUUUAAUUAUGGGAUGGAGGGGGCGGCGGGUGUGGGGGGGUGGGAUAGGAGGGAGGGAAGGGGAUAGAAAUAGAAGGAAACUAUUUUGACUGUUUUUAAACUGUAUGAUUUGUACAUAGACCAAACCGGAUUGUAAUUUUUACUAGUUUUUUUUGUUGUGAUGCAUCACAAUGUGACUUAUGAUACAGAAUUUGCAUCUAUUUUAAUGCCUCCCAUUUUUGAAGGUGGGGUAAAAUCAUUUUUUUGUUUGAAGCUGAUGGAACUGUGAAAAAUGCUUUUUUAAAAAAAAAAACUGGAUUUAUUUUCUCUCUGUUGUAUUCCUACUUUGGCCGCCUCAGACUUUGUAUAUGGUUCUUAAAGAGAAAAUAUGGUUUAAAGAUGAUCAGCUGUAUUCAGAGCAGAACUAUAUAGUGCCAAAAAAACUUUUAAAACUUAAAAAAACUAGCUUUUUAAUAACUUGGUCGUUUGCUAUAAUGUGGGAUUCAGAGAAUUAUAAUGCUCAAAAAGUUGGAGUUUUAUCAAGUACUUUGGAAGUCAAAUUUGUAAGAAAAAUUUUAGUUACUCAGCGAGACCACAUUUGUCCCCUCGUACCAGUCGUUUGCUACAGCUAACUUUUAAAGCUGCAUUUUCCCCUUUUUGUAAGUCAAACCAUUCUGCUGAUGAAACCUGUAAUACAGGAAUUUUAAAAACCAUUAAAAAAAGUUUUAACGAGAA